GGAGGAGCAGUGUCCACUCACAAAACCACAACUUCAAAUUAAACUUCACCUAGCCAGUGCUAGUGAUUAUUUUGAACUACAAUAAUGGCUUUGAAUUCACUUUACAACGUGUUUUUCUUCUCUGUUUUGUUUUGUGUACUUGCCAUAGCCUCUUCUCAGCUUUCUUCAGAUUUCUAUGCAACUUCAUGCCCCACUGCUCUCUCCACCAUCAAAUCUGCAGUCAAAAGUGCUGUUUCCAAAGAGCGUCGCAUGGGAGCAUCCUUGCUCCGUCUUCAUUUCCAUGACUGCUUUGUUAAUGGAUGUGAUGCAUCGGUUCUUCUAGAUGACACUUCGAGCUUCACGGGAGAAAAAUCAGCUGCUGCAAACGUGAAUUCUCUGAGAGGUUUUGAUGUAAUCGACGACAUCAAAAGUCAGUUGGAAAGUGCUUGUCCAGGAACUGUUUCCUGUGCAGACAUUCUUGCAGUUGCUGCUCGAGAUUCUGUCGUAGCAUUGGGUGGUUCAUCAUGGACUGUUGGGUUAGGUAGAAGAGAUUCAACCACUGCAAGUAAAGAUGCUGCCACCACAGAUAUUCCAUCCCCUCAAUUGGAUCUGAGUGAUCUCAUAACAGCUUUUUCAAAUAAGGGUUUUUCUACCAAAGAGAUGGUAGUUCUCUCAGGAGCUCAUACAACGGGGCAAGCGAAGUGCCAGUUCUUCCGGGGUAGGAUUUAUAAUGAAACGAACAUUGAUUCAGAUUUUGCAACAUCAACACAGUCAAAUUGCCCUAGCACUGAUGGUGAUAGCAACCUGUCCCCACUUGAUGUAACGACGAAUGUGUUAUUUGACAAUGCUUAUUUCAAGAAUCUGGUGAACAAGAAAGGGCUUCUGCAUUCUGAUCAGCAACUCUUCAGUGGUGGUUCCACCGAUUCUCAGGUCACAACCUACAGCACAAGCGCUUCAACUUUCUAUGCAGACUUUUCAAGUGCCAUGGUCAAAAUGGGAAACCUCAGUCCUUUAACAGGAACCAGUGGCCAAAUCCGCACAAAUUGCCGCACAGUUAACUAAAAGAUAGCUAGAGAGUUAAGCUGAUUCAGUCACAAUCUUUAAGUGUGAUGGUUUUUUUGUUUUUGAUGUGUGCGAGUCUUGUUAAUGAUCAAAGAAUCUGAAUUGGAAUGUGUGUUAGUCAAGUUUUUACUUUUAGUUGUAGUUCUCCAUCAAUUGGAUACUUUAAAUAAAGAGUGUUAUUCUCAUGCCA